CCCACAGCUUGACAGAGCAGGUCAGACAGGUCCUAGACAGCGCUGCCACUGAGUAGCCCGUGGAAAGACCUAGCUAACCGGGAACACCUUCUGCGUUUAGGAGAACGAGUUCUUUCUUUUGACAGAAGUUCGCUUAACUAGCUGAAGGACCGCGUCUGCGAUAAAAUGAAGAAGGAGAAGCACUUUGGAUUUUUGUUGGUUUAUUUACUGGCCUCGUAUUUCGUUGCGUGCUCGGCGUUUUAUCUUCCGGGUUUAGCCCCAGUGAGUUUUUGUGAAAAGGACAAAAGUGAGGCGGAUUGCCAGGACAAGAUUCAACUGUUUGUUAACCGCUUAGACUCAGUGGAGUCAGUCCUGCCUUACGAGUAUGAUGUGUUUGACUUCUGUACAGAAAAAAAUGAAAUCAGGCCAUCUGAAAAUCUUGGACAGGUGCUGUUUGGUGAACGAAUUGAGUCUUCACCAUACAAGUUUAGCUUCAAAGAAAAUGUUCAAUGCAAAGGGGUGUGUACCAGAACAUACAAGAAGGAUGACCAGAAGGAUACAGCCAAACUGGAUUUCAUCAAGAUGGGAAUGCAACUUAACUACCAGCACCACUGGAUAAUAGACAACAUGCCAGUGACAUGGUGCUAUGAUGUGGAGGAUGGUCAGAAGUACUGCAACCCUGGCUUCCCCAUUGGCUGCUAUGUUACAAAAGAUGGUCGAGCUAAAGAUGCUUGUGUCAUCAAUGCUGAGUUCAACAAAAAGAACACUUUUUACGUCUUUAACCACGUGGACAUAAAGAUCACGUACCACAAUGGAGAGCCUGAAGGAUGGAAAGGGGCCCGGCUGGUUGGUGCCACUUUGGAGCCUAAGAGCUACAAACAUGUGGAUAAUGAACACACAAACUGUGACCCAACCAACCAACCAACGGAGGUCCCUGGGGAAUUUACCAACGAUGUUUCCAUCACUUACAGCUACUCUGUCACAUUCACGGAAAACAAUGAUAUCAAGUGGGCCUCAAGAUGGGACUACAUCCUGGUCUCCAUGCCUCACACCAACAUCCAGUGGUUUAGUAUCAUGAACUCACUGGUCAUUGUUCUCUUCCUUUCUGGCAUGGUUGCCAUGAUCAUGUUGAGAACUCUGCACAAGGACAUUGCCAGAUACAACCAGGUGGAUCAGGUAGACUUGAUAAAGGUUCCAUCAUCCAAGGAAAAAUCAUCUCUAACCUAUGAGGAUGCUCAGGAAGAGUCUGGGUGGAAGCAGGUGCAUGGUGACGUUUUCCGUCCCCCCAGGAAAGGCAUGUUGCUGUCUGUGUUCCUUGGACAGGGCACUCAGAUCUUCAUCAUGACCUUCAUCACACUCUUCCUGGCCUGUCUGGGUUUCCUGUCACCAGCCAACAGAGGGGCUCUCAUGACAUGCGCUGUGGUCCUCUGGGUUCUGCUGGGCACACCUGCUGGCUACGUGUCUGCACGCCUUUACAAAACUUUUGGAGGCGAAAAGUGGAAGACAAACGUUUUACUGACAGCGCUCCUGUGUCCCGGUAUUGUGUUUGCUGACUUCUUCCUGAUGAACCUGAUCCUGUGGGUGGAGGGUUCCUCAGCCGCCAUCCCCUUUGGUACACUGGUGGCGAUUUUGGCCCUGUGGUUUGGAAUCUCUGUGCCCCUCACCUUCGUUGGCGCCUACUUUGGAUUCAAAAAGCCUGCAAUUGAGCAACCAGUUCGAACCAACCAAAUCCCUCGUCAAAUUCCUGAGCAGUCUUUCUUUACAAAGCCGAUCCCCGGCAUUGUGAUGGGUGGAAUCUUGCCCUUUGGCUGCAUCUUCAUCCAGCUAUUCUUCAUCCUUAACAGCAUUUGGUCUCACCAGAUGUACUACAUGUUCGGCUUCCUGUUCUUGGUUUUUAUUAUCCUGCUCAUCACCUGCUCUGAGGCCACAAUUCUGCUCUGCUACUUCCACCUAUGUGCCGAGGACUACCACUGGUGGUGGCGCUCCUUCCUGACCAGCGGCUUCACAGCAGUCUAUCUGUUCGUCUACGCUGUGCAUUAUUUCUUCUCAAAGCUACAAAUUAUCGGAGCAGCCAGCACCUUCCUCUACUUUGGUUAUACUAUGAUCAUGGUCCUUAUCUUCUUCCUCUUCACAGGUACAAUCGGCUUCUUCGCCUGCUUCUGGUUUGUGAAUAAGAUCUACAGUGUGGUCAAGGUGGACUAAUGUACUACAGGAAAGACUGAGUCUGUGCUGUCACACUGGUUUGUGUGAAAGACGUCUAAAUCACUUAUCAUUAAAACCUGGAGAGCAAAGAGCCCAUUCUUUUUUUGUGCUUUAAACCUAUGUUGCUACUGUUUUGUUUUCUUUUUAAAAUAUAUAAAAUUUUGUGUUCACUGUUGAACAGUAAUCCUUUGAGUCACAUCUUUAAGAAUCAGAGGGGGUUCCAAUGAUCUAGUUUCCAUAGUGAGUGCUUGGUUUUGGUGGAUUUAAGAAAAAUGUCAACAUUUUUAUUUUCAUUUCUAUAAGCAAAGUGUGUGUUAUUCCUUCUCUAUUCUCCAAUGGUUCCGUGUUUGGUUUUGCAUUGCCUGUAUUGUAAAAUAAAACGCGUGUAAAUAUACUGUAUAGAGAGAGCAGGUUUGAAAGAAUGUCACCAUUUUUGAGCCGUCCUUGUGCAGUAAAGAUGGGGCUAAAAUGUCUAAAUAUCCGCCUUUAUUGCGUUCGAUAAGUAAUAGAAAACAGAGACACUGCAAUCAUACCUGGCCAUUUCACUGUACUUUUGGCUACGUUUAUGUUUGCAUAGAAACAAGUAGUGCGUGUGGUUAUGAAGCACAUGCGUGUUGAAGAAAAUUCUGCUCCAGCUAAAGUAUGUUACACUAAGAAUGGCCUCUAAGUGACAUGCCUGACCUUUUGUGGCCACAUAAGAGAUUCUUGCCUAGUUAAUUGCCCGUUAAUUUACUCAUAGCUCCUAUGUACCAUUGAAGUAUACCCUUUUAGAUUUUAAUGAGCAGUUUGCUGAGUUGUAAAUGCAUAAAACACUGCAGAUGUUUGCUUCCGGCAGUGUGGAGUAAUCACCCAAGGUGAUAACAUUUUUACAAAUAAAUGCAAUUAAUUUCAGAAGGCCAUGUUUUAUAUGUUGGGGGGUGUGGUUGCAAUUGGAGACAUGUGUAUAUAACCAUCUCAGUUUGUGAAUGACAGCUGGUUGCAUACAGACAGGGACCUGCAUUGAAAUAAUAAAACUGCUACAUAUGAAGUGUA